CAGCAUUGUACCCUAUGUUCAUGCCACCAUGGAAGGGCUUCGUAUUGGAGCACCGAUUAUGCAGGUUUAUCAUGAGAAAUCUUUUAUCUUACCUGAUGUUUCAAGGGUGCUUGCUUGCCUUUAUGAGAAGGAUGUCAAGUUUGAGACUCACACAGCCUCAUACAGGAGCCUACUCGGAUUGCAGGCAUCAUCUCAUGCUCCAGUUCCAUUCUAUGAAGGCCCUACUUUUCUAGAAGAAUCCAGAGAAAUCUGCCGUUAUAUAGCAGAAAAGUAUGAAAAUCAAGGAUAUCCGUUCCUCCUUGGAAAGGAUGCCCUUGAGAGGGCUUCAAUUGAACAAUGGCUCCACAACGAGGAGCAUGCUUUCAACCCUCCGAGCCGGGCCUUGUUCUUUCAUUUGGCCUUUCCCCUGGGUGAAGGAGAAGAUGAUGAUAUUGAUGUUCAUACAAGGAAGCUAGAAGAGGUUCUGGAAGUUUAUGAGCAAAGGCUCAGUGACAGCGAAUUCCUUGUUGGAAACAAGUUCACUCUUGCCGACCUUGUUCACCUGCCAAAUUCCCACUAUAUCAAAGCAUCUAACAAGUUUCUUUACCUUUAUGAUUCGAGGAAAAAUGUAAGGAGGUGGUGGGAUGCUAUUUCUGACCGGAGUUCUUGGAAGAAAGUGCUGAGGUAUAUGAAGAGCGUGGAGGAGAAGAACAAACAAGAAGAACUCAAGAAGCAGCAGCAGCAGCAGGAAGAGGCUCCUAGAACCUCCACCGACCCAACUCGGGUAGACUCGAGAAAGCAGAGCAGAACAGAGCCUCGGACAAUAUUGGUUCCUCCUGCUGAUAACGAGUCAUCAGCUUCGAUAGUUCCUCGAACAAAGAAGCCUCUUCCUGGUGAUCACUUAGUGUCUACUCAACAAAUUGAUGGUGUUGGUAUGCCAGCCACAAAUUGAUGGUGAUGGUCGUCUUAGUGGUGUUUGUCUUGUCUUUUAUUGUUUGGUUCUUUAACAAGAGUUAUAUUUUUACCUUC